AUGUCGCUUUCUACUCAUCUUCGUCGGGCAUUACUGUAUGCUGACAAGGCUCACCUGGAUCUAGUCCCUGGGUCGUCGCAGAAAAUGCUGACCAAGUCGAGCAAUCUCUCCGUUGACUCGGUCAUUUAUGACCUGGAAGAUUCUGUCACUGCCGAGUCCAAAGAGCUGGCUAGGGGACUGGUCGCAGAUCAUAUUGUCGCAGACGCUAUGCAGAGGUCUGUCCGAGGACCGAAAGAGGUAGCUGUGCGCAUUAAUGCAGUGGAAACUGGUCUUGCACUACAAGAUAUUCAAGCGAUCCUCAAGAACAUGGAUAACCUCGAUACAAUUGUCGUGCCCAAGGUUCAGUCUACAGCAGAUUUGCAUUUCGUUGCCGAUGUGAUCCGUCAUGUUGCCCCUCAAAGGGAACUCUUUAGGCCUCCGAUGACCGAGUCUUCCCAGCAGACGGAAUAUGCACCUCGGCCACGGCCCAUACAUGUUAUAGGCUUGAUUGAAUCUGCCCUGGGCCUUGCCAAUAUAUUAAGCAUAUGCCAAGCGGGCCAACGACUGGGAUUGGUAGGGCUCGGUUUUGCUGCCGAAGAUUUCAUGGCCAACCUAGGGCUUUCGAAGCUUCCAGAUCGGCGGGAAGUUCUCUUUGCGCGGUCCGCAGUCGUUAACGCGUGUCGAGCCUAUAAUCUUCCUUCCAUCAUCGAUAUGGUGUCUGUAGAUCUGGCACAUGGCACCGCUUUGGAAGAGGAAAUCAGAGAGGGCCGAAGCCUUGGCUUUACAGGCAAGCAAGCCAUCCAUCCUUCUCAGGUCGAGGUCAUACAGCGUGCCUUCGGCCCAUCUACUGAGGAAGUACAAUGGGCGGCAGAGGUUUUUGUGGGGGAUAUGGAGUCGCAGAAACAGGGCAGAGGCGCUUGGAAACUCAAUGGUUGCAUGAUUGAUGCGCCCGUCGUCAAGACGGCCACGGCAUUGCUGGAAAGAGCUAGGGCAUGCGGCAUAGAUGUCGACACUCAUAUCGCAAGAUGCAAGGUCGGUUCCUUGGAGAAGAGGAUAAAUACAUCACUGUGA